AUGGCCGACGACUAUCACAUGCUGGAGGAGCUGGGGAGCGGAAGUUUCGGUGUUGUCUACAAGGCUGUCGAGAAGACCACUGGCGACCUCGUUGCUAUCAAACACAUCGACCUCGAAGGCAGCGACGACGACAUUCAAGAGAUCCAGCAAGAGAUCGCGCUUCUGAGCACGUGCUUGAGCGAACACGUAACCCGCUACAAGGCCAGCUUCGUCCGCGGCACAAAACUAUGGAUUGUUAUGGAAUACCUUGGUGGAGGCUCGUGCCUGGAUCUGCUCAAAUCCGGCACCAUCAACGAGGCGCACAUCGCCAUCAUCAUGCGCGAGUUGCUGCUGGGUCUCGACUACCUGCACAACACCGGCAAGAUCCACAGAGAUAUCAAGGCCGCUAAUGUUCUCCUUUCGAGCUCCGGCAGGGUCAAGAUCGCUGACUUUGGAGUCGCCGCCCAACUGACAAACAUCCAGUCCCAGCGUCUCACCUUUGUCGGCACUCCAUUCUGGAUGGCUCCCGAAGUUAUCCAGGAAGCAGGCUACGAUUUCAAGGCAGACAUCUGGAGUCUAGGUAUCACUGCCAUGGAGCUUGCCAACGGUGAGCCUCCACACAGUCAGGUCCAUCCUAUGAAGGUCCUGUUCUUGAUUCCCAAGGAGAGAGCCCCAAGGCUCGAAGGCGGCACAUGGACCAAGGAAUUUCGCGACUUUGUCGCUCUCUGUUUGAACAAGGAUGCCGACACGCGACCUACCGCAAAGACUCUUCUCAAGCACAAGUUCAUCCAGCGCGCCGGAAGGGUUGAUUCUCUCAAGGCGCUAGUCGACAGAGCACGCAACCGCAUCGCCAACGAGAAGAAGGAUCGCCUGAGGUAUUACGAACAGACUUUGCACGAGCUUCACGCUCCAACUGAAGACGACGAUUGGGUCUUUGACACUGUCAGACCCGGAACCUAUCACUCUCAGACCGUUAAGCCCCGCGAUCCUUCACACAUGAUCGCUUGGGACAGCGAGGCCGAAGAUGCUUUCGCUGCCAUGGAAAGCCUCGACCCUACCCUAGGAGAGUCACCCUCAUACGACCCCGCUGCUACCAUUCGUACCUCCAAGCAUCCCUCUAGUUCUCCUUCUCACCAAGUUGACCCUUCCGCUACAACUCGCAAACAGCCUCUGGGUCUCGACAUGUCGUUCGGCAACGGGGCUUCGACUGUACGCCAAUUCAAGCGCGUGCCAUCUGGUGGCGCUCGGCCUUCAAGUUCGAGCUCAUCACAGACGGCUGUCGAAGAUACCGAGAACCAGCCACCUGCCGCGCCUGUGAUGAUGCCUGAUACAAAGGAAGCAAUUCUUGGAAGACGUACCUAUGUCAAGUGCAUCGACCCAGCACUACAAGAACUGUACGCUUCCACAGCUCCUGGGCCCAAGCAGACUGCUCUAGCCAAGGUGGCAGAAGCUUUGCACACCUUGGACGAAGCAGAUCCCGAAGGUGAACUGUUAUUGCUCAAGGCCAUCUUUGAACGGGUGCAAAAGGAUCCUAGACUCGCCGCCCAGAUCAUGCCACUCUCACAGCUUGCUAGCCUUCGCAGCAAUCCCUCAACUCUUGUCACACCCCCAACCUCGCCUUUCAAAUCAGAGAUGGCUCCCAGCACCCGCUCGAUGCGUCGACAGAGUGCCUUUGUGGACAGCGAACGCGAAAAGGUUCUCCGCACCGCCAUCCUGGAAGACAGGAUGCCCGGCAAGGUCGAGACUGGCCUCGAACACAUCGGCAUGCUAGCAGACGCCUUGUAUGGUCGCUGGAGCGAGGGUCUGCGCAUGCGAUGGCCCAACGCAUAG